CAUUCGCGCUGCAAGUGCUGCCCGCCAUGUUGAUCUUCUGCCCAAACUGCCACAACAUGCUCCGCGUGUCCCAAGUCCCGCCGGGCGACCCCUCAACCGCCGCUCUCGAAGGUCGCUCCCGCCUCGAGUGCCUGACGUGCCCGUACCAACACAUCCUCACCAAGCAGCUCUUUGAGCGCAAGGAGAUUACGCCCAAGCAACCUGACGAUGCGCUAGGUGGGGAGGGAGCUUGGGACAAUGUUGACAAGACGAAUGUGCAAUGUCCCAACGAUAAGUGCAGGAAUUUCGAGGCGUAUUGGUAUCAGUUGCAGAUUCGGUCUGCUGAUGAGCCUAUGACGGCGUUCUACAAGUGCACCAAGUGUGCCAAAGAGUGGCGCGAGUGAUCUCUAGAAAUGGUUUGCUUUGUCAGUCCUGCGUUGCGCUCUGGAGUCUUGGGAAGGGCAUGUGCUUACGAUAUACCCGGCAAUAUUUCCUUCUGGUAUCUGCUUCGACGAUAUCAUUACUAUGGUCCACCUACCUGUCCCGUUCAAAAUCCUACGGCAUGAAUUAUGUAGCUGCUCGAAUUGGUCCUCUCGUCGACGUUCUCGACUUGAGAUGUGGGCAACGACGUGCUGCCUAGAACGACAGAUUGAUCUCUACGUGACCUACCGAGUAACCCCAGGCUACCUUUCCAAGCGGGAAAAGGAAAAUAUGAUCCACAUAUCAAUUCCGAGCAGCAAGAGCGCCCUCAGACACGGCCUUAGGGACCGCAAGUGGCCCCGGGGCGACCGUAUCACACGAUGACAGACCUAAGGCGGGUCAACAUUGAGCAUUGCCUACGAGCGAAUGCGAAGACUUUCACCAACAAGGAUAUAAACGCAGUAAUGGGC